UUUAGUUCGACAGUAAAUCUUCCUCUUGUUCAUUCUUUAUAUUGUGAUAUAACUUACACGACGUUUGACAGGUCGAACAAAGCGUUUAGCAAUUAUGGAGGAUUUAAUACUGGCGAUCGGCAAUCCAGGCAGAUAUCAAAUAUUUAUUUUCGCCCUGAUAAGUGUGAAUUUAACGAUAAUUUCAUCAACACAUUUUUCUAUGAUAUUUUAUGGCGCAAAGACAAAACAUCAUUGUAAGCUUGAUAUUGGUCAAAAUGUAAGCGACUUCAUACCACUUGCCGCUAAAAAUAAAGAUGAAGAAUUAGACAGGUGUCAUAUGUUUGAGGCUAGAAAUAGCACGAACAGAAUACCUUGUAAAAAUGGCUGGAGUUACAUUAUGAAAGAAAAUGAGAGAACAAUUAUCUCUGAGUUUGAUCUAGUGUGUGAUGACUCAUAUAAAGUGGACUUAUCUACAACAAUUUACUUCACUGGCGUUACGUUGGGUGGCCUCAUCUUUGGUGUUAUUGCCGACAAGUUUGGCAGAAAACCUGUCAUAGCUUCCACUUUACUUGCCGCAGGAAUCCUCAACAUGGCUAUUUUCUUCUUUAGAAGCUACAUUGCUUUUGCUGUCUUCAGAUUUUUUCUUGGUCUUACUAUGCAGGGUCUUCACAGCUCUAGUGUUAUACUAGUAAUGGAGAUGUUUUCAACAAGUUAUCGCGGCUAUAUUGGUGCUUUGUGUGGUCUAUCUGGUAGCAUUGGUGCGUUGUUUUUUGGAUUGUUUGUAUACCUCAUCAGAGAUUGGAGAUACGUACAAUUGUCGUUAUCUGUUGUCUGUUUCAUACAGAUGUUUUCUGUGUGUUUUAUACCUGAGUCAAUUCGUUGGUACAUGUUGCAUGGUCAUUUUGAGAAAGCUGAAAAAGUUGUCCGUCGAAUAACUCAAGCAAAUAAACUAGAUUUUCCAAAAGAGAAGUUUGAAAAAGCGAAGGAUCAAUCACAAAUUGCUUUAAAUGGUGUAAAGACGAGAAAUACAGGCAGUAUUUUUGACAUUUAUCGAGCACCCUCAUUGCGAAAGUUAUCUAUGAUUUUAACAAUGGCAUUCUUGAGUGCUACAACCACAUUUUAUGGAUUAUCAUUCAAUAUAUCGUUUUUGUUUGGUAACAAAUAUCUAAACUUUAUUAUUGGUGAAAUCAUCGACUGCACGGUAAUUUCAUCUCUUUUGUGGACUCUUCCAAGGUAUGGACGACGAAAACCAUUGUUUUAAUUACAGUUGUCUGCUAUCGCUUUAGCAACAUGUGCAGUGAUCGCUGGCUUAAAUGCAGAUUCUAGAAAUGUGGAUUUGAUUCGAACAAUAGCAGCACUUGGAGGAAAAAGUUUUUCACUCACUUGUAUCGUUAUUAUGGUAUUGUACACGGCAGAAGUUUAUCCAACCAUACUGAGGAAUAUUGGUUUCGGUGUUGCUAUGUUUUGGUCUCGUCUUGGUGCAAUGGCUGCCCCGCAGUUAUUCUUUCUUGGUAUGAAGACAUCAAUUGUGGUGCCUUACAUCAUAGCAGGCACGUUACUCCUGGUCAGCAGUAUCCUAGUGCUAUUUCUACCAGAAACUCACAAACAAGUUUUAACAGAGCGGCUGGGACACAGGAGAAACCACGAGACCAACGACAAACCUUCAUGCAUGGGGAACGAUAAUCCUGCAGUAGAGUCAAGACUAUGAAAUUAUUUCAAAAUAUUUAUGAGGACAUAUGGAAUUAUGGGAAUGGAAAUUUAUAAAUCUCUAUACACAGUGGAGCAGCCAUGAAUGGAUUAUUUAAAAUCUAAUUCAAGCUUCAAUAGAUAUCGCCAAAAUCAGAGAGGUCUGGACAAUGUGGGCUACGAGAAAUAUCUCGCCAAGAAACAUCAAUUUGCUUAGAUGCUAUGCAGUCAACAAUGCAUGAUAAAGUAUAAUUGACUCAAUGGCAAAGAGAGCCAAAUUUUUAAAAAUACGCGCGAAAUUAAGAAACAAAUGAAUUAUAUACAAAAACAUUAAGAUCAUUUCAUUCAGUAUUUAGUCAUAAAACAUACUUAACCAUAAAUCAUAGAAAUAAGUAUUCCAAGAGUUGAUGAGUUUAAUAAAAGAAAUUAUAUAAUAACCAGAAGAAUUUAAGCAAUUUCAUUGGUCAAGAGCUAUGAUCUAUAAGAGGACAGACGAACGGAAUUGACGUCACAGAAAAUUUCUUGUUUA